UCAGCGGUGGUUGUCUGGCGAGCGGGCGGUCCUGCACAGCGGGACAUCCAAUGGGAGUCGACGCUGCUCGUGUCGCCAUGGUGACGGGGCUGUGCCCAAGGAGGUUGUGAUGGGUUGACAGGUGCGUGACAGUCGGAGGCUCUCUGUAAGCAUGUACGCCAAAGGCAAGAGCAGCAACGUGCCGUCCGACAGCCAAGCCAGAGAAAAGUUGGCUCUUUACGUGUAUGAGUACCUGCUGCAUGUAGGAGCACAGAAGUCAGCACAGACGUUUCUCUCAGAGAUCCGAUGGGAGAAGAAUAUCACGUUAGGAGAACCUCCAGGGUUCCUCCAUUCAUGGUGGUGUGUUUUCUGGGACCUUUACUGUGCAGCUCCAGAGAGGAGAGACACGUGUGAACACUCCAGUGAAGCCAAGGCCUUCCAUGACUACAGCGCUGCUGCAGCUCCCAGCCCUGUCCUAGGGAACCUUCCCCCAGGAGAGAGCAUGCCAGUGGGGCCGGUUCCUCCAGGAUUUUUUCAGCCCUUCAUGUCACCUCGAUACCCUGGAGGACCCAGGCCGCCCCUCAGGCUACCCAAUCAGGGCCUUGGAGGAGUUCCAGGUAGCCAGCCUAUGUUACCUACUGGGAUGGACCCCACAAGGCAGCAAGGGCAUCCAAGCAUGGGAGGACCGAUGCAGAGGAUGACUCCACCUAGAGGAAUGGUACCUCUGGGGCCCCAGAACUAUGGAGGUGGGAUGAGACCCCCGCUGAAUGCUUUGGUUGGUCCUGGGAUGCCUGGUAUGAGCAUGGGACAUGGAGGUGGGAGACCCUGGCCAAAUCCUCCAAAUUCAAACUCUACUCCCUACUCAUCUGCAUCCCCAGGCAGCUAUGUGGGACCUCCAGGAGGAGGCGGUGCACCUGGAACCCCAAUAAUGCCGAGUCCAGCAGACUCAACUAACUCUGGUGACAACAUGUACACCAUAAUAAACACCGUCCCUCCUGGUGGAAGCCGGCCGAAUUUCCCAAUGGGAGGCGGGAGCGACGGUCCACUGGGAGGAAUGGCAGGGAUGGAGCCACAUCAUAUGAACGGAUCUUUAGGGUCCAGCGACAUGGACAGUCUCUCUAAGAACUCUCCUGGUAACCUAAGUAUGAGCAACCAACCAGGGACACCCAGAGAGGACGGAGAGAUGGGAGGAAACUUCCUUAAUCCAUUUCAGAAUGAAAGCCAGUAUUCUCCAAACAUGACAAUGAGCGUGUGAAGACUCAGAAAGCAGGUUUUUCUCAGUCGCUCACAAACCUGUCUUUGGGGAAAUCCAGAUGAAGCAGAGAGACACGAUUUGACAUCAUUUAGGCCAGUGACUCGUCGUCCGCCAUAGCUGCCCCCUGACCUCCAGGCGCCCGUUACCCCAAAACCUCCGUGGUUUCUGCCCAUGUCUCUUCUUUUCUGUUUCUUCAAAGUGGUGACUCUGCUACAUUCAGCAGUUCUUCCUCUUACAACUAUGAAACUGUGCAAAGGAAACCAACUGAAUCAAGCAAGAGGAGAACUCUUUGUAUAUUUACAUCCGAUGUGUAUGGAGCAGUAUAUGCACAUCCAACAGGUGACUGAUAGAAUACAUUCUACUGAAGAUCAUUGAAAACAAACCACAGUAUCCAGAAUGUUGUUUUUAUUUUAAUUUAUCUAAUUGUUAAACAUAUUUUCAGUUUUUUUAAUGAUAAAUUCUGUUUUUUAUUACAACAUAAAUGCAAACCCACUGCAGUCGCAAGCCUCUUAGCCUUAUUUCAGUCUUUUGCAAUUAUUUAAGACACUUUUUCACCACCUGUGGUUGUCUACAGCGUUGCAUCAUUUUAUUUAUUUGUGCUUUGAAGAAAUGUUUUGAAUAUUUUCUGAACUCAACCACAAAUAUGGCCCACAUCAUUCCGUUUGUCUCGCCAACACAGGUAAAAUAAGAAAAUAUUACAAUCAGCAAUUAUCCAAUUUUUAAUUUCAACACAGAAUAUAAUUUUGCAACAACAAUCAGUCACUAUUGAAACAAAAGACCUUUACUUUUUAUUUUAUUUUAUUUUUUUUUAUAUCCACUUGACCUUUGUGUAACGUUUGAUUAAUUCAUCUGUAAGAGAAAAAAAAGAUAACUUGGAAGAGCAGCAACAAUAAUUGAUUAUCGUUUUCAGGCAAUACUACUGUGCAGUUAGAAAGUUGUCACUUGAUUUCCAAGCAAGGGGAAUUGGCCUCUUUCUGUAUUUAACUGAAAAUCAUUGUUGUGAUGUAACCCAUGAGCUGUUUGCUCAAAGUGUUGGACUUUGGGCUCUGUUCACAGCAUACCUGCAAUACAACAUUUCAACAAGAGUUAGUGAGAACCUAUACUGUCUUUUCUUCAUGGGAAAGCAAUCAGAACUUGCAUAUGUUUUGUGGAUUCUCUGACCUCUUCCACUUUUCAUACUGCUUCACAGUAUUCCUGCGUCCACAUCCUGGAUCCGCGAAAUGCACAGCGGGUCUAAUCCUCUGUAUUCAGCUGAGACACAAAUGAAUGGCAAAUCUCAAUCUCAGAACGCACUGACGACUCCUAAAUAAUUGUCAUCCGGUUAAACUGUGAUUUUAAUAUGAUUUUAAAAUGUGAUUUGGUACAGAAAGCUAAAAGCUUCUUUUGACUCAUUAAAUAAAAAAUAAUAAAAAAAUUACUUUCCAGUGCCCAUGAUUGCCACUAUGUACAAAGGUCAGUAUUUGUGUGAACAUGUUCCUUUCCAUGCUUCAACAUGUACAGGUCACAAAUGUAGCUCCUCUCUCUUGUAUGUGUAUUUGAUGUAAUUAUUAUUUGAAUGUUACUCUGCAGAGAAUCACUGAAGUGGGAGGAAUGGACUGAUAAGCCACCAUCACAGCUGAAAAGAGACAUUUUAAUCUUAUUUUGUGUGCGUGCGUGCGUGUGUGUUAGACUGAAGCCAUAAAGUGGGAGUACAAGAAGAUAAGUUUGUAAAUUAGAUUGCAUUUCUGUUCUGUGACGCUAUGUGGGACUUCAUUUGUGAUGUGUUCAUUUUUCUCUUUUUUAUUCUUGUAUUAUGUUUUUGUAAAUAAGCGGAGAAGUUUCAUGGGUUUCGAAUUUGCUGGUAUAAAGCUUCUCUUCCCUUA